CGGGUGGCUCUGGGAUGGUGGCUGGUGCUUGGACCGUGAUGGUGCCCUGAAUGGUGAGGCGGCGGGAAGAGGGCUGUAGAAGAGAGAUGCCAUUUUGACCAUGACUGAGAACACUACAUUCAUGUCUGAUACCACAAAAAGCCUCUUGGCAGAUUCUUCUGUUCUUGACUUAAAAAUUAUAGAAAAUUCCAAGGAAAAUGUAUUCACCCGAGUUGCUUCUGACAGUAGAGAGGAAAUACCCCCGGUUGAAAUCAAGGUGGUUUUAGUUCAGGAAGCUGCAAGAUGUGAAAAACUCAUAACAGCCUUAGAGGACAUUAAAGUGCCCUACAUAAAGAUGGAAUCUAUGAAAACGUGUGAUGACUCUGAAUCACCGGAGGUUGAGGCUGUCUUUGUAAUAUCGGACUUCGAAGAACCCAUUUUUAGUAACAUGAACAAGGCAGACUGCAGGAUCCUUGGGCCCCCAGUGGUAUUUCAGUGUGCUAAAAAAGGCGAGCCUCUACCCAUCACGUGUCGUCCCCUGUACUGCACAAAUAUGGUGAAUCUUGUGUUAUGCUUCACAGGAUUCAGGAAGAAAGAUGAACUGGUUAAACUGGUGACCUUGGUUCAUCAUAUGGGAGGGAUUAUUCGGCGGGACUUCAGUUCCAAAGUUACACAUCUAGUGGCUAACUCUACACAAGGAGACAAAUUCAGAGUAGCUGUGAGUCUUGGCACUCCAAUCAUGAAAGCAGAGUGGAUUUAUAAAUCUUGGGAGAGAAGAAAUGUCAUUGACUUUUGCGCUGCUGAUGAAGAAUUUAGAAAAGAAUUUAAAGUGCCACCAUUUCAGGACUGCAUUUUAAGUUUUCUUGGAUUCUCUGAGGAAGAGAAAAAGAACAUGGAAGAAAUGACAGAAAUGCAAGGAGGACAGCAUUUGCCUGUUGGUGAUGAACGUUGUACUCAUCUUAUAGUUGAAGAAAACACAGUAAAAAAUAUUCCAUUUGAGUCCUCUCCAAGCCUUUUUGUUGUAAAGCAAGAGUGGUUCUGGGGAAGCAUACAGAUGGAUGCCAGAGCUGGAGAAUCGAUGUAUUUAUUCGAAAAGGCAGACAGUCCCGAAUUGAAGACUUCGACCUCGGUCCUUUCGCUAAAUACUCCCAACAGCAACCGGAAGAGACGGCGUUUGAGAGAAACCCUUGCUCAGUUGACCAGAGAAACGGACAUGUCUCCCUUCCCACCUCGGAAACGGCCAUCGGCCGAGCAUUCUCUUUCCAUAGGAUCUUUACUGGACAUUUCUAAUACACCAGAGUCGAGCAUGGCUAACGGAGAAACUCCCAAAUCCUGCGCAAAGCCAUCCAAAAACACAUCUCCCUUUCCUAUAAAGCAAUCCGCCAGAUGGCAGGUUGCAAAGGAGCUCUAUCAGACAGAAAGCAACUAUGUAGAUAUCCUGACAACUGUAAUCCAGGUCUUUCAAGUCCCUUUGGAAAAGGAAGGACAGCUUGGAGGCCCUAUUCUUGCACCAGAAGAAAUCAAAACAAUCUUCGGCAGUAUUCCAGAUAUCCUUGAUGUACAUAUUAAGAUAAAGGAAGACCUUGAAGACCUUAUGAUAAACUGGACUGAAAAUCAAAGCAUUGGGGAUGUUAUACUUAAAUAUUCUAAAGACUUGGUGAAAACAUAUCCUCCUUUUGUGAACUUCUUUGAAAUGAGCAAGGAAACCAUUACCAAGUGUGAAAAGCAGAAGCCCAGGUUUCAUGCUUUCUUAAAGAUAAAUCAAGCUAAACCAGAAUGUGGUCGCCAGAGUUUGGCAGAACUCCUUAUCCGGCCAGUACAGAGACUGCCCAGUGUCGCCCUUCUUCUAAAUGAUCUCAAGAAACAUACCGCAGAAGACAAUCCUGACAAGACCACCCUAGAGAGCGCUAUUGAGUCGUUAAAGGAAGUGAUGACACACAUUAAUGAAGACAAAAGGAAGACUGAAGGUCAAAGACAGAUUUUUGAUGUUGUUUAUGAAGUAGAUGGUUGCCCGGCUAACCUCUUGUCGUCUCACCGCUGUCUAAUUCAGCGCCUGGAAACGGUUGCACUUGGGGAUGACCUCUGUGACAGAGGAGAACAGGUCACCCUGUUCCUUUUUAAUGACUGCCUGGAGAUUGCGAGGAAACGGCACAAGGUCAUCGGUGGCUUCAAGAGUCCGCACGGCCACACCAGGCCACCAGCCUGCCUCAAGCACAUCAUCCUCAUGCCUCUGUCUCAGAUCAAGAAGGUACUAGACAUCCGAGAGACAGAAGACUGCCACAAAGCCUUUGCAUUGGUUGUACGGCCGCCAACGGAGCAAAGCAAUCUUUUGUUCACUUUUCAAAUAACAACCGAGGAACCUCUCAAGGAAGACUGGCUGAAGAUGCUGUGUCGGCAUGUAGCAAACACCAUAUGCAAAGCAGACGCUCUAAUAGUUGGGACUUUUUCCUGCCAGGAAAAUCUUAUUUAUGCAACUGAUCCUGAUUCUAUUGAAGUAAACACGAAAGACAUGGAUAGUACAUUGAGUAGAGCAUCACGGGCCAUAAAGAAAACCUCCAAGAAGGUUACACGAGCGUUCUCUUUUUCCAAGACCCCAAAGGGAGCCCUUCGAAGAGCUUUGAUAGCCCACAACAGCGUAGAUGGCAAGAAUGUCUGCACCACUAGUGAAAGCUGUUUAGGGGGCCGCCUUGCCAGUACUUCAUCUUUAGCGAGCAUCCAUUCUCCUUCCUUGAUCAAUCUGCCAUCACUAUUUGAAAAGAGAAGCCAUACCUUCAGUCGGUCAACUACUCAUUUGAUAUGAAGGGGAUGAAAAAAGGAGCCGCAGCUUAACAUGAUGUGGACCAAAGGAAGUCCUAGGGGUUCAGGCAACCAUAUGCUGACAUAAAAUGGUGGUAUUUAGGUAGCACUUAGUGGCAAUUAGUUAACUUUUAGAUAACACUAAGUUAAACUGCCAGGAAUGCUCUGAUUUUGCCUGCAGAGCAAAGAUAGGAUGGACCUUGUUACAGAUAAACAUAUUAAUUUGCACAGAUUGCUUUACAUACAUAAUGGAGGUAUUUUGCUCAGUGUAAACCAUUCAUUAAAAUGACCUGCAUUUUUAAUAGCCUUUGUACAUGGGAUGUUGUGAAGUAGCUACUGCAUGGAUGAAUAUCUAAAGUAAAUAUUUGUUUCACAUCUAAAA